AUGCCGGCAAUAAUGGAUGACCCGGAUACGCCGACCAUUUAUCGCGUGUCCGGAGAAGCGCCCUACCCUGAUCCGCUCAACCCGUCUUUCCCAUCCACCAUUGUGCCUCGGCAAGUGACGCUCCGGGACAGGCAGACGGUGGCAACCAUAGUGCCCUUCGCUUCGCAACAUCAGGUGCCCCUGACGCUGCUGCAGUACCUGAGCGACCAAUUCAAGAAGGAGAUCGAGGGCGGCGAUACCUAUCCGAUGAUCGAGCCGCUGCCCUUUGACCGUUUUGCCGCUUAUUGGUUCCAGAACUUUGGUGGCAUCAUGCUCUUGGGAAGCAUCAACAGUGCCGACGAGGUGGUCGAGGGCAAGGACUGGGCCCGUGAGUGUCUUGGAAGCUUUUACAUCAAGCCCAACUACCCCGGCCGGUCUAGCCAUGUUUGCAACGCCGGUUUUCUCGUCACCGACGCGUCACGCAACCGCGGUGUCGGCCGCCUGAUGGGCGAGACGUACCUCGACUGGGCUCCCAAGCUGGGCUACACCUACUCCGUCUUCAACUUGGUCUACGAGACCAACGUCGCAUCUUGCAAGAUCUGGGACGGCCUCGGCUUCAAGCGCAUCGGCCGCGUCAAAGGCUGCGGCAGCCUCAAGAGCUACCCGGGACAACUUAUUGACGCCAUCAUCUACGGGCGCGACCUGGUGGGCCAAGACGGCGAGGACUUCGUGAGUGAAGAGCGUUUCGACAAGAUCAAGUUCUACCUCAAGUACGGCAAAUAUCCCAACGGGGCUGACCGCGCCGAGAAAAGCAGACUUCGUAGCGCCGCGACUCACUACAAGCUGCUUGAAGAUGACCGCCUCAUGCUCAAGGGCAAGGAGGUCAUCUCGGACCCGCGCCGGCAGUAUGAGAUCGCACGCGAGGUACACAUCCAGCAGCACGGUGGUAUCAACCGCACCACUGCCAGCAUCGCCGAGAGAUAUCAUUGGAGCCGCAUCAAGGAGACCGUAUCGGACGUGAUAAGGAACUGCACCGAGUGCAAGGAGCUGGGGAAGACACCUAGCAACUCUGCGUCUUCCGCGAGUACAGGAACUGCAAGUGUCGUUGCGGCUGGGGCUGGCUCAGGGGGCAGCAUUCACAAUGGCGUUGUCUUGUCAGAAGUACCCACCAAUAAUACAUCUUUGCAACGAAGCACCAGUAAUAACAGUGCCACUUUAUCGGAAUCGCACCAGUCUCUUUUGUCUGCCAGAUCUGGGGAGCCCAGAACGUUCCUGGCAACAGCACUCAACGCACCGUCACCACCACCACCACCACCACCACCUGACAUCACAACAACGAACCAGUACCCACCGAACUCAAUACCAAGCUCGAUGGCGUCUAGUGUGAAUGGAGUCCAUGACAUGAUGCACCAAACGUCCAAAUCUCAUCAACUAACCGCUUCCUCGUACGCAAUACCGUCUACUCUGGCAUAUGCAGACCCGGCUUCCAUGACAAUCAUGUCGCCUUCAGAAGCGCUCCACACAUCCAGCGCAUUGCCCAACACACACAGCCCAAUGUUACAAGACCAGUCGCAUGGCAACACACUACAUUCUACGUACCACCAUAAUGGCCACCAUCACCACCCGCAUCACCACCACCACCACCACCAUCAUCAUCACCAUCAUCACAAUGAGACGUCCCCCAUGAGCCUUGCAGACUACGACCAGCCCAUAGACCCCCAGAUAAUCAGCCAACCAUCUUCUCACCAUCACGACCCAACCCACGACCCGUUCGGCCCCUUCUCGCCGACGCACCAUCAUCCCGACACCGAUCCCUUCCAGGCGCUGCUGCGCCAGGUCAACAACGGCCACAGCCACAGCCAGCAAAGCCAGCCUGAAGCUUCGCCACCCACCCCUCAGCCUCCGGCAGACGAGAGCGACAGGAUAGAUGGCGACGCCGUCGACCGGGACAUGGACAUGUUGAUUCGGCAGCAGGACGACGACGACGAAGACGAAGAGCUGACGGUCGGUGCCGUUGGCGGAAUGGAUGUCGACCCGGCCGGGAUGGGGAGGGUCAAGCCGCCAGGCCUGCAGAAACAGUCGGGUGAUCUUCAUGGUGAUGAUGUCAUGGACUCGCACAGAACCGACGCGUCGGGGAGAUAUCCUGCUGCCACUGGGGCUGCGAGGGAAAAGGAGGUGUAUUUCUCAUACGACGAAGGUUGA